ACCUCUCAUUUCGCUGAGGAAGCAGUGGCGGAGGCGGAGGCAGCAGAGAAGAGGCUUGGCCCACAGGUACCUCCCCAGCUAGUGAAUGUGGUUCUGUGAACACCGUCUUUCUCUCAGGAGUCCCUCUGGGCCUGGCUGGUGACACUUUCGCUGCUCCCUGAGUCUGCACCCUCAUCCUGCCAUGUUGAGUCCCAAGAUUGGCAUCGCUGUCCUGCUGACAGUCUUGCAGGUGGCCUAUGGACAGAAGGUGAGUGAUCUGACCGCUUGUUUGGUGGACAAGAACCUGAGGGUGGACUGCCGAUAUGAAAAUAACACCAAGUCCCCACUUCAGUAUGAGUUCAGCCUGACCCGAGAGAAACAGAAGCAUGUGCUGAACUCCACAAUGGGAGUGCCUGAGCAUGCCUACCGGAACCGGGUCAACCUCUCCAUCUCCCAUAACUAUAUGGCCCUCUUCCUGAAAGACUUCAGCCAAAAGGAUGAGGGUAUCUACUCCUGUGACCUGCGUGCUUCUGGGAUCCCCAACUCCUUUGUCAGCAAGAAUAUCACUGUCUACAAAGAUAAACUGCAAACCUGUGGGGUCAUGAGCCUGCUGGUCCAGAACACUUCCUGGCUGCUGCUGCUGCUGCUCCCUCUCCCUCUCCUACAGGCCACGGAUUUUGAGUGCCUGUGAUUGGCUGGGGGACGCGGAGGAGACAGAAAAGAUGAGGCCAAACCCCAGGAGCCCCCCUCUCUCUGAGCCGGCUGUCCCACUUCACCCCCCACCUGGGGAGGCGAGAGGAGGCAGGGAACCCACCCCUAUAGAGGAAUCCUAGUUCCGCAUGCCGUCAUCCGCCUACUCUUCCUCCACCUUGCCGCCUUGCGACCCACACUCCCCUUACCUGGUACUACCGGCUGCAUUUUUGUAUGUCAUUCCAGGGCUGCUUCUGUGAUUUGUAUGGGGUUAUUUUUCUUCUUUUCCUUCCUUCGGAAGUUUGUAAAGCAGGGAGCAAGAGGGCAGAGGAGAGACCGAGCCAGCUUUUGGAUUGGCAAGGAUGAUUUGCUAUGACCUCGAGAGAGGCUCCACAGAGGAUAUACAUGGUGGGAUGGGGGAAGGAGGCACUUGGGAUCUUCUUUCCCUGCCUGAGUUUAGGAGGACAGGGAAUGAUACAGGGGAAGCAGUAGGUGGGAGGUGUCACGUGUCAGGAGCAUCCCACGGCCAAAAUGGGAAAAACAUCGGAACCAUUCCAGAGUUAAAGGAGAUGGAGAUUCUAGGUUUCCCAAACCUGCCAUGUUGUUUUUACCGAGCUAAAAAGAACCACACUAGAAGGAUCAGUUGGAAAUGCCUCCAUCUUACCACUUUCAGAAAUCCCCCAGAAAUACCGCUUUUCAGAAAAUCCCCCUCUGGGGAUGAAAGUGCAGAAAAGAGGGGGAAGGAAAAGCUGUACUGAGCAGUUUUCAGUGAACUGCCUGAGAAGUGCUCCCUCUAGUUUCUGCAUCCAACCCUAGGGAAUGGGGGUCUAGGAUAAAGACGGGGAUGGUAAAUCUCCCAGUCCUCCCUUCUCUGUUAUAUCCAUCUUCCUCAUCCUCUCACCCCCCCACCCCCACCCUGGACUUUCACAAAAGCUUCAGUCGCUGAUGAGCCAAGUCAGGCUGUGCCCAGAUAAAUAACUGGAUCCUUCCAUACAAAGGAAGCCUCCUGUUUGAAGAGACUAGGUGGUGAGCUAAUGGGAUAGGUGUAGGUGGUAGCUAUGUCCCUGAGACAGCACCUCUUCUGGGGCAUUCCUGUCCCCUUCCCUCUUAAUUGGACUGCUCAGGUAUCUCUCUGGUGACAUCACAGACCCACGCGGGAGUUUUCUGAGGAAUACAAUGGAGAAAGCCCAAGAAACGAUGCCAAUCUUCAUGAAAUGAGGUCUAAAAAACCAGAACCCAGCUCCCCACGACCUACUGGCAUUGCUGUCUUGUCCUGUGAUCGUGUGUAUUGUAGCCACAGCUUGUUGUAUUAUGGCAUCUAGGCAAGGAAAAAACUACACAAUAAAGCCAAGCCUCUGGAG